CUUUCGUACUUAUCGUCUGAAAGUUGGGAACAUGCGUAUUCUAGUUAUUGGGACAUUAGAAUUCAUACAACAUUAUAUUUUCUUUCAAAUACUCGUCUUAUGAAUUAUAUUCUUUCUCGUCAACUAUUUCACCGAUCACGAACACUGCAACAAAGCUACCUACCUGUAGGUAAAUCACUGACCUCAGCCUUACCUAUCUCUAUUUGCGAACGACCCGUUCCAUCAUCGACCAAUCCAUGUCCACGAAAUAACAUUGUCUUGGAACAAAUCCUCAACUACCUUCAUUUGUAGUCCUAUGGAGUUAUUGGCACCACACUGCCAUCAAGAUGGAUGGGUAUGCGACUGCAUGGGUUGCUCAUAAUCUACCAUUGCUCGUAGUCUCCGGGUUAGGAGCUGAUCCAUCGCCCACAAAUGCCAGAUUGAAGGAAGGAGGGGUGCUAAUCACUUCUGAUAUUGCGCCAUUGCAAUCGGAGGAUGCGAAGUACAUUCUAAAAUAUUUCAAAACCAAUGACGCGGAAAAUCUUCCAUGGAAUGGAUCCGAGCAUAGUGAGAAGAAUAAGUUCAAGGUGAAGGUUAUUGGAAGGGUAGCUAAAGAAGGGACCACCAUGUUUGGAGUCAAUCACUGAAGGUUCAUAGGAUUAUAUUUUACCGAGUCGCAAGGCACCACCUCCAACCAGUAUCUCGCAUUCUCCCGAUGCUGGAAGUCCAGCUCCGAAUUCUAGGUUUAUUCUACACUCCCCUCUAUCUCCAUUAACUCCUGGAGCAACACUUUUCCCGGAUGGACUGUUGGAUACAAAGUGGAUAGAUAAACACCAAGAUCUCGUACCAAGCGCAUAUCUUUCAUUCUACAAUUUUACAUCUGAUCCGAAUCUAGCAACUUUACAUGAUAAUCAGUUGAAGACGGACAUCAACAACAUCAAAAAUACAUUGAACAAAUCUGGUUACAAAACUCGGCUUAUAGUUGCAUUGUUGAGCGAAACACCUGGAGUGCCAUCUUCUGAUGUAGAAGAACGUCUUUCCAACAUUCGUAAAGGGACUGGUCUUGAUUCGAAAACUUCCUUGUUUUUCUUACCUCCUCAAAGCUCUCCUGUUGAAAUUGAAGCUUUUGUUGAGACGAUUUAUUUUACCAUAUACCCGCUCUGUAUUGAAUAUUACCGUGACUUGAGCAAGCACUCAAGAAGGAAGCGCAACCGAGGCGUAGUCCCACCUCCAACAGCACCACCCACAUCCGGAACUUCACAAACAUUAACCGGACAAGGAUGGAACGUAAGAUAUGACUUUAAGCUUGGAGUUUUUGCCGAAUUCAGGCAGGAGAUGGAUGUAGCUGUUCGUUCAUUUGAGAGUGGCUAUGAAGCAUUGUUGGGUGAAGAGGUCCUUGAAACAAUUGCUACUUGGAGUCCUCGUUUCAAUGAAGGACGUCUCAUCGCCGAUGUCUUUGCAAUAAGAGUACUGCGGUGUCUAUUAUGGAAUGGACACACAUCCACAGCAGUCCGUCGAUGGCAACUACAUCGGGAUAGAGUACGUGAUUUUGUAGAUCGUAGAGGCAAAGGUUCAUCAACAUAUGGUUGGCAAGCAUGGGAAGCUCGCUGGGCAACCAUCAUGGCGGAGAUGAUUGAGAAAGUCGGUUUUGUGGAUUUUACUCAAUCAAAAUCAACGAUAUACCUACCACUUGAUAAACUUACUUCAACCAGGACGCAGCCAUGGGAGAACCUACAUCAUCCAGGGUUUUGGUACCGUGAGGCUUCGAAACAUUUAAUGGCUCGUCGAGCUCUUGCUUUGACGAUACCGGAGGAAGAUAGGUCUCCCCCAGGGUCCUCCCCUGCUUCACAAAUUGCGAGUAGGGUUUAUACAUAUGAUACAUAUCUUUGUCCCCAGCCGCAUGAGGAAAAUCCUUUACCAGGUCGGGAAGGUGUUGAUCAUGCAAAUCUUAUAAUUGACGUUCUGAACAAGGCCAUUGCCGAAUUUCAAACAAGAGGACAACAUCGUUUAGUGCAAGAGCUCUUGUUUCAAUGUGGAAAAGAACAUAUGAGGCUGGAAGCAUGGGAUGACGCGUUACGAAUUCUUCGAGCCUUAUGGCAGAAAAUGACAUAUAGAAAUGAAGGGUGGUGGGUUGUGGUCGAGGAGAUUGCAUGGACUUUGAGAAAAGCUGCAGCUAAGGUCGGUGAUGGAGGUACAAUCGUUGCCGUGGAUUGGGAGCUUCUACAUACUUGUCAGUAUACUAUGGAAAAUGAACAUCUGUCGUCUGUUAACAAGUAUCGCAGGCUUUUCCCGUCGAUCGAAUUGGCAUUAUAAUAUCAAGAAGUCUUUAGAUGGUUUGAGUACAGUCAAGGUUAAACCUGCUAUUGUACUUCAUGUAGAAGAAGUCCAAUCCUUCUUGACUGCAUCAUAUGCUUUUGAGAAGUCUGAAGGAAAGGUGGGCGAGCAUUCAUUGUCCCAACUAGCAAUCAGGUCUUCUGCUAUAGCUUCAUCCACCCCUGUAACAAUUAACGACAUACGUGUAGAGUUCACGGGUGGUAUGAAACCUAUGUUUUUGCGCCACAAAGCAGGCACUGAAGCUUCCGAGAUUCUGAAAUCUGGCAUUUUAUACAAAAGGACUUCAUUAGUUGAUGAGUCUACUAUAGAAAACGGACACGAUCCAGCGCCCGCUCGGCAUACGUUAGCAGGAUAUGAAGAUCUUACUUUUCGUCCAGGUCAGAUCAAGGCCUUCGAAUUUGUCAAUCUUUUGAGAGAAGCGGGCGAUGUAAAAGCUUUGAGAGCCACAUUUUCCAUUACCUCUGAUCUCUUUGAUUUUGAUUAUGUCCAUUCUUUUGACAGGCCAACAUUUCCAGAGAUGUGGUAUGGCGAGUCUGGAACGAAGAAGAAGCUCGUUCGUACCAGACCGUCAUCAAUUCACGUACUUCCCAAGCCGCCCAAAUUGGAGCUACGUAUUCUUGAAUUACAGGACCAGUAUUAUACAAAUGAACUCGUCUCUUUACAUCUCGAAGUGAAGAAUGGAGAGGAUACCGAUUCUGUCGUAGACUUAGAAGCCCGUCUUCUUGGAGAAAACGUUCCAUCCAAUAUUAUAUUAAGGCGUUUCGAUCUAGCUGAACCUUCAGAUGAUACCAAACCUGAAGAUGAUCAUGAAUUGUCACUGGGCACUAUUGCUAGUGGCUCCUCCGUCACCGUGGAGAUACUCAUUUCAUCUAUAGAUAUACCAGCAGUUUAUGAUCUUAAUCUUAAGGCUUCGUACAAUCUUGUAACGGAUCUGGAAACACCUAUAUCGCAGGCGAUGUCGGCACAGCUUUCAAUCUUGAAUCCCUUUGAGGCUAAUUAUGAUUUCUCUCCGCGGAUUCAUCCAGACCCCUGGCCGAGCUUCUUCACCCAUGAGGAAUCGUUGGAGAUCGGACAGGAUGGACAUGAUUACGAUCGUGAAGCAUUCGGGUUGGCACAAAAAUGGUGCCUAACGACUCGCUUUGCUUCAUUUGCAACAGAAGACAUAAUUGUCGAAGAUGUUGACGUUGAAAUUCUUGGCGUACAAGGUGGCAUCAAGUGCUCCACGAAGAGACUAACCACAAUCCCUGAGGGAGGCGUGAAAGUUAGUCCGAGAGUCCUCGAAGAGGCUCAAUUUGAUACUUUUACACAAAAGUACUCACUUGACGACCGAGGUACAGCCACCCUUGAUUUAUCUCUUGUCAUUAAAUGGCGUAGAGACAAAGACAGUUCCACUAUCAACACAUGUAUAGUACCUGUCCCACGUCUUUUAGUCUCAAGCAGCGAACCUCGAGUCUUAGCCGCAGUAACUUAUUCAUCAACUAUAUCAUCCAUGAUCCACUUCGACGUCACAAUCGAGAAUCCUUCACAUCAUUUCCUCUCUUUUGCAAUCACAAUGGAACCCAGUGAGCAAUUCGCCUUUUCGGGCGUCAAACAGUCUACGUUGCAAUUAGUCCCACUUUCAAGAAGGACUAUUAAGUUUAGAUUAUUACCGACGGUUAGAGGUGAUUGGAUUGGGCCGAUUAGGUGUGUGAUUAGGGAUAGGUAUUUUCAGAAGGUUUUGAAGAUUGCUCCAACGGAGGGAAUGAAGAGUGAAAAGGAAGGAUUACUUAUUUGGGUUCCAAGUGAUGAGGAGUUUUGAUUUGGGUAUUUAGUGGUGUGGAGGUAUAUGAUAGAUGAGAAAUUUAUCACUUUGUUCUUGCAAUGCUUUUGUUAUGAAUGUGUUUUCUAGAAUUUGACGAGCGAUUAAGUGAAAUUUCAUACAUGUAGAAUUACCUCAGUCAUUCUCAGGGUAUACAUAAUAAUCAACCG